AUGGUCGAACGCCCCAACAAACCCAAGCUCGUUCCUCUCUCCCCCACAACCGCCACUCCUCAACCGAUCGUCUCCUUCUCAGACGACAACUCCCGCGUGACGGCCGAGCUCCCCUCAGGCGAGUCCGUCACCGUGCUCCUGUACGGCGCAACAGUGAUCAGCUGGAAGGACGCCGAAGGCCAAGAAAAGCUCUGGCUGAGUGAGGCGGCCAAGCUGGACGGGAGUAAGGCUGUGAGGGGUGGGAUUCCGUUGGUUUUCCCUGUGUUCGGCCCCCCAUCCCCGGACCAUGCCCAAACGGCGAAACUCGUCCAGCACGGCUUCGCGCGGACCUCGCGCUGGGAAUUCCUCGGCAAGUCGACGUCCGAGUCCGCAGCCGGCGCGGCGUCCGUGAAACUUGACUUCGGGCUUAGCAGCGCAGCGGAAGGGCUCGACCCUGCCGCGCGCGAGGCCUGGCCCUUCAAGUUUUCGCUCAUCUACAGCGUCACGCUCUGCCCGGGCAGCUUGACGACGGCAAUUGUGGCUACGAACGACGAUGAUAAGCCGUUUGACUGUCACGCGUUGUUCCAUACUUAUCUCAGGGUUGACGACAUCUCCUCUGUUUCGAUCUCCGGUCUUGAUGGCGCCGCCUACAUCGACAAACUAUCCCCCUCCGACCCCAAUAAGACCGAGUCCUCGUCAUCCGUUACAAUAACCGGCGAAACCGACCGCGUGUACACUCCCACCUCAAACGAAAUCACCGUCCUCCAGGGCGACAAGCCCAUCUUCCGCAUCACGCGCGACAACCUUACCAACGUGGUGGUAUGGAACCCGUGGACGGAGAAGGCAGCUAGCAUGGGCGACUUUGCGCCGAAGGAUGGGUACAAGAACAUGCUUGUGUUGAACCCGGGUCGGUGGGGACUUGGCAGGUUGUUGAGCCGGGGGAUGCGUUUGAGGGGGCGCAAACUAUUAGCUUGGUUGGGGCGUGACGUGUGCGUGUUGGGGGUUAUGAGGGAAGUGAUCGGGGCCUGA